GGGUAGAGCGGUGGAGGGGAGGGAAGCUCGUGCCUGCUGACACCAACCAGACCCUUCCGCAGCGGGCACAUUUCUCCCUGCUGCUUUCACCCUUAGACAGAACACUCCAGAUUCCUCAGCCUUUGAACACAGAUUCGCACCAGCACCUGCCAGGGCCUCCCAGGUCUCAGCUUCAGACUGGGGCCGCAUCCCUGUGCCUGCGUUCUGUAGCUUCCAGCUUCCUGAACACAGCGGCUACUGUUUUCCCCGGCUCUUGGCCUGCAGACACCAGCGUGGGACUGUCCAGCCUCUAACAGGCCCUCAUCUACGUGACAGGUCAUGGCACUGGGACGCAGCUACAGAUUCCGAGGACCGAUAACACCACUCCUCAAAGGGCUUAUAUACCUGUAACAAGCCCAUGUUCACUCACCUUUGACAGAUGAAGAGAGAGAGGCGAGACUGGGUCAUCAAACCAGGCAAUAGCAGAUCCAGGAGUCAAACACUGGCAGCCAGAGGCAGUGGCCGCAUCUCUAAACCUCUUGCUUCUUCUGCCACAGGAAGCUUCAGCUGAACCCAGGAUGGCCCCACCAAAACUGCACAUGCUCUUCUGCCUCUCCAGCUGUCUGGUACUGGUCCACCCUCUUGAAAGGCAAGCCGUAACUCCUGUCACUCAUACCCAAUCAGCAUGGAUCCCAGGAAUACAAUCGCUGCUGCCUACUGAGAGCUUUCACCACACAGUAAUCCCCAAGGGAAGUGGGCCUUACUCCGUGGGUUGUACAGACCUGAUGUCUGGUUACACUAACCAGAGCACCUUCUUGCGCUUGUAUUAUCCAUCACAAGAUGAAGAUUUCCCUGAAGCCCUGUGGAUCCCAAACAAAGAAUAUUUUUUGGGUAUUAGUAAAGUCCUUGGAUCACCCAGUAUCUUGGGCAAGGUUCUCAGUGCAUUAUACGGCUCAAAGACUGUUCCUGCAAAGUGGAAUUCUCCUCUGAGGACUGGUGAAAAGUACCCACUAAUUAUCUUUUCUCAUGGCCUUGGAGCAUUCAGGACAAUUUAUUCUGCUAUUGGCAUUGAACUGGCAUCUCAUGGGUUCAUAGUUGCUGCUGUAGAGCACAGAGAUGAAUCUGCCGCUGCUACUUACUACUUUCAGGACGAGACUGCAGCAGAAUCAGGGAACAAGUCUUGGCUCUACUUCAAAUCCGCACACGUAUAUUCAGAGAUGCUGCGAAAAGAGCAGGUACAGCAGCGAGCAGAGGAGUGUUCCCAAGCUCUCACUUUGCUCCUCAACCUUGAUGAGGGAAAGCCAGUGGAGAACGUGUUGGAUUUGCAGUUUGACCUCCAGCAACUGAAGGGCUCUCUUGAUAGAAAUAAAACAGCAAUAAUUGGACAUUCAUUUGGUGGAGCAACAGUUAUCCAGGUCCUUAGUGAAGACAAGAGAUUCAGGUGUGGCAUUGCCCUGGAUCCAUGGAUGUUUCCGUUGGGUGAGGAGGUCCAUUCCAAAAUCUGUCAGCCCCUCUUUUUUAUCAACUCUGAAUACUUCCAAAGUGAUGAUGAUAUUGCAAAAUUGAAAAAAUUCUACCAACCUCACAAAGAAAGAAAAAUGAUUGCAGUCAGGGGUUCACUCCAUCACAAUUUUGUCGACUUCACUUUUGCUCCUGGCAACUUAGUUGGACAAUGGUUAUCACUAAAAGGAAAGAUAGACUCAAAGGUGGCUAUGGACAUCUUCAACAGAGCUUCAUUAGCGUUCUUACAGAAAUAUUUAGGACUUGAUAAAAAUUUUGACCAGUGGAACUCUCUGAUGGAAGGAGAUGAUGAGAAUCUUAUUCUGGAAGACAGGUUUGACGUGGUCACCCUAAGCACCACUCUGCAGAGCUCUACGGAAACAGAGAAAGGGAAUCUACGUUAAAGGCAGUUUUUAAAAAGGCUCUUUGAAAAGCCAUCUCAAAGAGAGAGAGUGCGUGUGUGGAGAGACUUCCAUGUGUUUUCUGAAGUCACUCAUAUUUUAAGACAUGGGAUGUACUGUAAAACUGACAAAGGCUUGAGUUAAGAAAUUUUGCCUUUAAAUAUAAAGAAAGAGUGAAAUAUAAAAAAAAUCAUACCAAUUUAGGUUGUAAUUUUACUAAGAUGAUCCUUUUUUUACUGUCAAUUAAAAACCGCUUUAACAAUAUUUUAAAAGUGUGUAUUAAAUAAGUAAAAUGGCAAUAAAAAUGUCUCAAUGGCCUAAAA